UUGUUUCCACACGGAACUUUAUACAUGUAGUACCACCCGGGCACAUGUGUAAACGAGCUGGGUUGGUUUUUAAAGUAGCUCACGUUUGUACAGCCGACGAGUUGGUUUCAGUAAUCUACAGGAGUUUAUAAGGGUUUUGUGAACAAUAAAACAGUCGUUCAGAAAUAUAUUUUGAUCGAAAAUGGCGUCCUCAGAGGGGCAAUAUGACAGUGACGAUGGCAUGGACGAGUUCAUGGACAAAUUUAAGACCCUCGGAUAUAAAAAUGCCUUUUCCGAGGACAACUGGGAAGAGGAGUUUGAUAAAAUACCCAUGUUCAUGAAAAAAGCCCCCGACGAGAUUGACCCCAAAAAAUACCCAGAACUAGCUUGUCUACAGGCCAUGAUCCAUGAUGAAGACAGACCUCCGGAAGAGCAAGCAAACAGCCUGAAAGAUGAGGGAAACGCGUUUUUCAAAGAGAAGGACUACCAAAAGGCCAUUCUGUGCUACACAGCAGGCUUGAAGAAGAACUGCGGGGACCAGGAAAUCAACACUAUUCUCCUCACCAACCGGGCCGCAGCUCACUUCCACCUGGGUAACAUGCGCUCUGCACUGAAUGAUGCUGCAGCUGCAAAGAAGGUCAAACCGGACCACCUUAAAGCACUGGUCAGAGGUGUUCAGUGUUGUAUAGAGCUGCGCCUCUUUGCAGAGGCCAUGCAGUGGUGUGAUGAGGGCCUGAAGGCUCAUCCUACUGACAAGAAGCUGCUGGAGCUGAGAGCAUCUGCGGAUAAACACAAGAGAGCAGCAGAGAGAGACGCCAGGAAGGCCAAAGCCAAAGAAAAAAAGCUGCACGGCGAGAAGGAAGCUCUCCUAACUGCUAUAAAGGAUCGAGGCAUCAAGCUCGCCCAGCCCGUGAAGCAUCGUCAGCACGGUUCAGACAGCGAGGAUGAGGACGAAGGCUCCUCAGCAGCGAUAUCGCAGCUGAGUCUGGACGGCCUCAGCUCCAAAGAGGUCACGGGGGCUCAGGUCUUCCUGGACCAGCAGGGCUCCCUGCACUGGCCUGUUCUUUUCCUGUAUCCGGAACACCAGCAGAGUGACUUCAUCUCUGCUUUCUGUGAGAGCAACUGUUUCAUAGAUCACUUGGCAGUCAUGUUUGGAGAAGAACUUCCACCCUGGGACACGGACAGAAAAUACCAUCCUCAAAAUUUGCAGCUGUACUUUGAAGAUGAACAGAAGGAGACGCUUUACCAAGUAAACCCAGAGACGUCACUUUUAAAAGUGUUGCAGCAUAAAAGGUUUUUUAUCAAGGGAGGCACUCCCAGUUUCAUCAUUCUGGUCCAAGGCUCCUUAUUCUGGAAGCAGUUUUUAACAGGGAAGAAAAUACAAGGACUGUGAAAAUACUGCCCUUCAACUCUGACUUUUAACACACAAAAUUCUCUGUUCUUGAAACGAGACCGUGGCCGAGAGCAGGACACACUGCUCACAAGAGACACUUUCUAAUGACAAGAAGAGCAAAAAGGGUAAAAACAAGUGAUGUAAGUAAACAUAACAAAAUGACAACAAAGCCUUCUGACUUUGUCCCUGACUUUUAUAAGACUGGUGAGUCUCUUCCUAAUCGUAGCAGAAUGUCCCUGAGUGGCGUUACGCGUCUCAGCGUUGCUCACCAACAGAAACGAUGAGCAAAAGCUCGUUCAGCUUCGCAUUACUUUGGAUGUCGAAACUUCUUUAUUGAAAGGAAGAGACGAAUUUGUUUUGUCUGAACACACUCACCAGUCACCUGAGAGUGAUCCAGAUUUGCUUCGACCUGACUGAAUUUAUUUGGAGCUUAUUAACAAAAAUAUCAAGACAAACUUAAUUCAAAUUUAAUAUUCUGUUCACCAUAACACCCAGAACAGAAAUUAAAAUCAUUUGAGCUAAUAGUCCUUUAAAACAAGUAAAGGUUAAGUAUUACACUGUAAAACCUGACAAGUUAGUUGAACUCAAACCAUUUGAGGAAACAGAUUGCAUUUGAACCAUUUAAGUUUAUUAACUUAAAUCUGAUUUAAGUUAAUUAAGUUAAAUCAAAUAAUCUUGUAGUUGAAUUGUUAACUUAAGUAAUCAUUGUAAAGGUAGCUUGGGUAAAUUAAGUUACAGUUACUGUUCCAAUCAAGUUACCUGAACUUAAAACUAACAAGUAUAUCACACUUGCAUGUAACAUCUCCAAACUAAUUUAAAAUGUGUGAAUUUAAUUGAUCAGAAUUAAGUCACAUUAACUUAAAUGGCUCUUCUUUACACAAAUGCUGCCUCUGAAGUUACAGAAAGUGUUUUUCUUUCACUACAAUAAAUAACAACAUUCUAGUUCCCAAAUCCCAUUCAUUCUAGCGCAUUUCUCAAUGCCUGCAAUGUAUGUUUGAGCUGCUUUCUCCCAUCAUUCAGAUCUAAGAGGACAACCUGGAUGAAUCCAAAGAAGCCACUUAACUUCUCAGGGUACCUCAAAUGGAGGGCAUAGACCAGUCCAAACAAUAUAACAGGUGCAUCAGUCCACGAUCUGUGUGACAUGACAACCUGAUCCUCGAGAACAACCGACACGUGCUGUGUUUCUAAGGGAACUUCAGACGCUUCCUCCUCGUUGACCACGGCCACCAGAACCACUGCUCCUUCCUGGUUUGCUUCCAAGUCAUCCUGAAUAAAACAAUAAAGGAGAAAAAGAUGUGUACGUCUAAUUUUACAAAUAAUGACGCUUAUUAAAAGGCUGACGAUU